CACUCUUCAAAAUUCCAAAUUUAGCACAUCUUAAAUUUUGAAGAGAAUUAUUAAAAUUAAUAAAAAUUGAUGGUCAAACGCACUAAUCAUCAACAAGCUUCGUGCCCAGCUUUAGAAAACUAGCCGAAUCAAAGAAUUAAUUCGUUAUCAAGUUUGAGAAAUCUAGCCCCGUGAAACUCGAAUCCGGAGGUUCCGAGAGGAAGAAGAGAUUUGGUUCUGCGUCUCCUCCUCUGGCUCCCACUGUUGUUAAACGAAGGAGGUACUUAGAUCUGAACGAUUCUGAUGAUGAGAAGAUCGGAUCUGAAGAAGAAGGUGUGGUUAAAAUCAGGAGAAAACUCUCUGAUGAUUUUGAUAAGAGUCAAUAAAGAUAACAACGCCCCAAUAAAGCCAACAAGAAAUUGAUUAAAUCAAAAUUGGUUGAGAAGAUAUUGAUGGAGAAGAAGAUUGAGAAAGUGAACAAGAGGGGUCCAACGAGGACAUCUCCAAGAUGGGCGAAGCGUAGUUCUAGAAUCAGAACAAGAGGACCCAUAUCGUCUUCUGCUAACUCUGCUCCUGUGAUUCUUGACAUUGAAGACUUCAAGAAGAAGAAGCAGAUUCUGGGGAUGGCCAUGACAACAUUGUUGGAGUUGAUGGUUUGGCAAGGCAUUCACGUUGCCGGGUAUAUCAAGUGCUUGUUGCAUAUUCUGUUUUAUUGUUAUGAGUUGACCAUUUGUACUAGCUUUGCUUUGCUACUUAAGAGUGUCAUAUGUUUCUAUUAGACAAAUUAAUAGUGAUUGAGGUAACUGUGAUUGAGUUUGCUACAAGUUCUCUUUUAUUUCAAGAAAAU